UCCGAAAUAAUCACAUGACAUCCAUCCUGUUUUUAUAACAUGAUUUGGAAGUCCGAUGUUCGAUUUGUUUUGGAAAAUCUUUCAGAUUAUACCCCACUUAGCUGGUAAUUGGCACUAGUUUAAUUAUGGGUAAAAAAAACAGGACGUCAUUUUGUGAUGUCAACUCAUGGCUGUAUCCCUGUGACGUGGGGUAUAGUAUCAUGCGUUGCGUCUUCUAUAUCAACACUCGGCAUUCCCACAUUCGCUAGCUAAAGGUUGCCGCGGUCACGCCUUCUCAGCUGUGGUUGCUUUCACAAAUUGCUCCCCCAAGAACUGUGAGGUUGUAGAAAAUUAUCAAGCAAAAGCAAAAAAAAGAAAAGUCAUGGGAGAAAUUGGCAAUGUUGAACAAUUAUCUUUCCACAACCCUCCCAGUUCAGCCACCGGCCCUGAAUUAUCUCUUCAUGUCAUCAACGUUGCAGCAAGUUCCAUGCGAGAAAUGCAGAGCGCUGCUACGAGUACAAGCAUGAGGGUUUAUGAUUCCUCAGAUAGUUCAGGCUACCAGUCUGAGGUCAACCCACAAGAAGCUUGGCUUCCUAUUACAGAAUCAAGAAAUGGCAAUACUGUUACUUCUGUGUUUCAUUUACUUUCUUCAGGAAUUGGGAUUCAAGCCCUUCUACUUCCUGUGGCAUUUUCCAUUCUUGGAUGGGCAUGGGGAAUUAUAUGCUUGUCGCUAGCAUUUACCUGGCAACUCUAUACCAUAUGGGUUCUUGUCCAACUUCAUGAAUCAGUACCUGGAAAUGGAACUCGCUACAGCAGAUAUCUCCAACUUGCAAUAGCCGCCUUUGGUCCAAAACUUGGGAAGUUGCUGGCUAUAUUUCCAGUAAUGUAUUUAUCCGGGGGCUCAUGUGUGUUGCUGAUUAUCAGAGGAGCUGGAACUAUGGAGCUUUUCUUCAAAAUGAUGUUUGGAGGUGAGGCUACAAGUGAAGACAAUCCAUUGGCAGGGGCAGGGUGGUUUUUGGUCUUCACUUGCAUGGCUAUAGCAUUGGCUCAACGGCCUAACUUGAAUUCCAUUUCUGGGUUCUCUCUUAUCGGUGCAGUCACUGCCAUUGCCUAUUGUACUCUGAUCUGGGCACUGCCCAUCUCUAAGGGCAGGCCUAGUGGUGUAUCUUAUAAUUCACAGAAGGCGGAAUCCGGCAUGUCUGAAAUGUUUGAUGUCUUGAAUGCAAUUGGGAUGAUAGUGCUUGCUUUCAGGGGUCACAAUCUUGUGCUUGAAAUCCAGGGCACCCUGCCUUCAAGUUCAAAAUGUCCAUCCAAAAAGCUAAUGUGGAGAGGAGUGACUCUCUCAUACAUAAUAAUAGCCAUGUGCUUGUUUCCUAUUGCAAUUGCUGGAUUUUGGGCUUAUGGAAACAAGAUACCCUCGAAUGGAGGGAUGUUGACUGCAUUCAUGCAGUUCCAUGGACACGACACAUCAAAAUUUGCGAAGGGCCUUGUAUACUUGCUCGUAGUGAUUAACUGCCUUAGUUCAUUCCAAAUCUACGCCAUGCCAGUUUUCGACAACCUGGAAUUCAGAUACACUUGCAUGAAGAACAAGCGAUGCUCGUGGUGGGUUCGCACCGGGUUUCGCCUUUUUUUCGGAGGAUUGGCCUUCUUUAUAGCUGUGGCUUUUCCAUUUUUACCCAGCCUGGCUGCUUUAAUCGGAGGAAUCGCGUUGCCCCUUACACUGGCUUAUCCAUGUUUCAUGUGGAUUUCAAUCAAGAAACCCCAUCAAAAGGGCCAUGGUGUCAUGUGGUGUCUUAAUCUAGGACUUGGAUGCUUAGGCAUGGUUCUGAGUGUUCUAUUGGUCGUUGCAGCAGUUUGGAAUUUGGCUACCAAAGGCCUACAUGCCAACUUCUUCCACCCCGAAUGAUAGUUGAUCAUGAGUGUAGGAUGCUACAAUUUUUUGUAUAUGUUAAUUCACUUAAUAUACCAAAUUAUGUAUAAAAUUUAAACUUUGAAUUCUCUAAUUAUAAAUCCUUGUAUCAACGUCUUCUCUAUUUUGAAGAUGGUUUCACUUGCCAA